CUGGUUGCUUUGGUUGUUCUCCAAAACUAAAUACUGCAAAAGCCUGAGGGGUGAAGUGAGGGGGAAUAGAAGAAGAUAUGUGAAGAAAAGGGGAGUGGAAAACAUUAUAAAAGCAAAGAGAAGAGAGAUACAGAGGGGGCAAUGUAAGAAAAUAAUCACUGGCAGACUACAGUGAGUUAAACUGCACAUUUCCAGGAAGAGACAGAGUGAGCAGAAGAGAAAGAGAGCGAGAAGCUGAGAUUUUCUAGGCAAAAAUAGUGGUCUCAGACAAAGGUUUGUGUGUUUAUCCAUCAGCAGGUCACAGUAUGGCGCUGUUCCAGUUUUGCAAGACGCCCACAGGACCAGUCAGAGUGACAAGAGUACAGCUGGUCCUGUACUGUUUUCUCCUGUCUCUUAUCAUAUACUUCCUCCAUGGACAUAAAGCUGCUGUCAGUGUGGAGUCACCUCAUCCUAUAGUUCAUGCCUUGGGGAUGGACAGGGGAAGAGGAAUGGCAGGCAUGAAGUUUGUCAAGGUAGCAGCACCACAAACUCCUCUGGAGACACCAUGGGGUGGUCCUUUAGUGUGGGGUGACACCCAUAACUCAGAUUUGCGUAGGGCUAAAUUUGCACAACGGGAAAUCCGUACAGGUCUGCUGGCCCUUAUGGUUGGAACUUAUGCCCGAUUCGUCAAACGUUUCAUCUCUUCAGCUGAAACCCACUUUCUCCCUGGUCAGAGGGUCACAUACUACAUUCUCACAGACAAUCCCCGUCCUCUGGAUCCCCCCAUCAAGUUGGGUCCUGAUCGAAAGCUGAAGGUGGUUCCUGUUGCAGAGAUGCCUGGGUGGGACAGGCUAGCCCGUCGCCGGAUGGCCCUGCUUGCUGAUGCCAUCAGAAACCAAAUUGUCAACGAGGUUGAAUACAUCUUCUGCGCUGACAUCGAUCAGGAGUUUAUCGCCCCUGUGGGAGAGGAAAUCCUAGGAGACCUGGUGGCCACAUUGCACCCAGAGCUCUAUGGGAUGCCACGAAAUGCAUUUCCUUACGAAGUUGAAGAAGUCUCAUCAGCUUGUGUGGAGGAGGAUGAAGGAGACUACUACUACACUUCUGAGUUGUAUGGAGGGUUGGUUUCUGAGAUGUACAGACUUGCUGGAGCCUGUUCUUUGCUCAUUCUGCAGGACCAGGCUAAUGGGGUAAUGGCCAGGGGUCUCGAGGAGAGCUACCUGAACCGCUACCUGAUCGACCACAGGCCGACCUGUAUACUGUCACCAGAGUACAGCUGGUGGGACUCACCCCUGGCUGCUGAUGUGCCUGUACAGAGGCUAGUCUCCUUGGGAAGACAAUGUGAAGCUUACAAUAAGCAGGAGAGAAAGGUGCACAGAUGUUGAAUCAAUUUAAAAAGAAGGACGGGAGAGUUCUGAUGGCCAGACCCAAUAAAGUGCGGACGUAGAUCUCCCUCCUACUACUGUUUUUAGUGUUUACAUUUGAAGAAGAUCUCUGCUUGAAUAUUAGCAUAGAGAGGAAGGGAAAAGAUGAAGAGAAAACACAUUCCAGUCAUCUUUAUUCAAUUCAUAAUUUCCAUUUUCUGGCCAGUGAAUGUAGCCUUUAAUCACACAGAAGCAAACUACACAAUCUGCUGUCAAUUAAAGACCCAUUUGUGUGAAUAGCAUCUCUGCGUGCCUGCUAUCUCUUCCACAACAGACAAAAAAGAAAUUGACCUGUCUCUUUAUACAAAGCACUGUCCCCUCCAUUAAUGUCAGCUUGCUCCAGUGGCUUUGUGGUCAGCAGCGAUAAGAGUCAACAGUGUAAGUGCACACUUUCCCCGCAGUGGCCAAUCAUUAACUGGAAGAGCUGCUGUUUCAAGGUCUUUCAAUACCAGGUGGAGGGAAAAUGGAUAUGGGAUGCUAUUUCCCCAGGUUACAUGUGCAUAGAAGCAACCAUGUGAAACUUAGCAAAAGCUAUAAUCAUUUUCAAAUCGAUGAAACUGGUUUCGGUGUAUUAAAGCAAUCAUUAAAAACUUUUAUGGGCUGGAGUAAAACUCAAAAGACCUGUGUUGGUAGUUGUUAUGUUGUGGGUCUGCGUCUCUAUUUCUCCCUCACACACUAACAUGCUCCCACAUUCCCACUUGGCUUUCUCUUCCUUGUGUGCUGUGUUUUAAUGGGAGGGUUAAACAGCAGCAGAUGGCUUUUUCUCACUGCCAACAGAAUUUGUCCUCAGAGCCAGAACGCCACGUUUAGUGAAGCUGAAGGUAAACUUCAGAUAAUCUUUUUAAUCUAAUUCUCAAUAAUUUCUCAUUUUUUUUUUACUGAAGUUAGUAAAUUUUUUUACUGCUUUUCCACACAGGUGUAUUCAUGUGGGCCUAUUGUCAGUAUUCACAUGUCAAUUCAGAGUGAUUAAAUUCUAACUAAAAAACUAAAUUGCCUAAUAUUUUGUAGUCCUUCUGUCCCAUAACAUCCUGCCUCCACAUAUGAACAUGCACACUGUAUAGUACAAUCUGAUCUACAGAUUCUCCAAAACAUUUGCUGUAGUUUUGUUAUGAAUGCCUCAGUCACGUACCUAAAGGUUGUUUUUUUUACAUAGGUUGCCUGUCCAUACUGCCUAUUGGCAGCAGCAUAACCUAAAGCAAGGAAAAAGAGGCAGUAUGAUUAUCAGCCAUUAAAUCUUAAUGUGUAGGAAGAUCACCGAUCUUUGUCCAGAUGAAGAGGAAAAUAGGCUGUAGCUAUACAGAAGGGAUGAAGUGAAAUUGUCAUAAUGCAAAGGGUUAGGGUUCAUCAUUUUCUGUUUGGGGGUGUUUUUUCCUGUGUGAACAAAUUUAAACACACCUUGCUUAGCUCUCCAAGUCUUGUUGUAGUUCCUUAGCUUCAUUGGCCCUGUUGUAAAGCAGUUUUCAGUCAGCUGUUUCUAUAUUGACAGUGGUGCUUACACUGUUAUGCUAACCUAUGUGUAGGUAUGUUAUCCAAAAAUAAUAUUAAUCAGGCCCAGCUUGUGUAAUAAAAUUAAUGUUCUUUACUUU